CUCAAAGCAACCGAAACACCACCUCACUGCAAAUAUUGAUCAAACACGUGAUUUAUCAAGUUCAAAGAUUUUCUUUGAAGGAAACGAUUGAAUAUUACAGAAAGAGAGAGACAGAAGGGAAGCUUGUAGUCGCACUAAUCCGAACAAAGGGGGAAGUAUUCUAAGUUACUCUGGGUCGAGUUGUACUCAUUGAUAGUCAAUGAAGGCAUCCAGUUCAAUACAUUCAGUUCAGCUUUAAAGUGGGUAAAGGCGCUGGAGUCAGAGUUCUGAAACUCGCGACAGAAGUACAACAAACUGGCACUUUCGCUUCUAGCGUGUUGUUCAAAUAAUUCUGAGUGGGUCCCAAAGUCUGAUAGAUUGCUACAAUGACAACGAGAAAGGGUUUCUAUUACCAGGAGAUCAAUAAAACAGCCUGGGAAGUAUUGGAGAGAUACACAGAUCUGGCUGCUGUCGGCUCGGGAGCCUAUGGAAGUGUUUGCUCAGCUAUUGAUAAGCGAACUGGCACUAAAGUGGCAAUCAAGAAAUUGUACCGACCCUUUCAAUCCGAGUUGUUUGCGAAACGAGCUUACAGGGAACUUCGCCUAUUGAAGCACAUGAAACACGAGAAUGUGAUUGGUCUGUUGGAUGUUUUCACACCAGAUCUGUCCUUGGCGAAAUUUAAUGAUUUUUAUUUGGUUAUGCCUUUUAUGGGAACAGACCUUAGCAAAUUAAUGAAGCAUGAGAAACUGACUGAAGACCGGAUCCAAUUUCUGGUGUACCAAAUCUUGAAAGGCCUAAAGUACAUCCACUCAGCAGGGAUCAUCCAUCGGGAUCUUAAACCUGGGAAUCUGGCCAUCAAUGAGGACUGUGAACUCAAGAUUCUAGAUUUUGGAUUGGCAAGACAUGCAGAUCAAGAAAUGACUGGUUACGUAGUUACCAGAUGGUACCGUGCCCCAGAGGUAAUACUGAACUGGAUGCAUUAUACACAGACAGUUGAUAUUUGGUCUGUUGGUUGCAUCAUGGCAGAGAUGAUUACAAGUCGGCCGCUCUUUAAAGGCAUUGAUCACUUAGACCAACUGACAGAAAUCAUGAAAAUAACGGGUACGCCCACACAAGACUUUGUUCAGAAGCUACAGAGUCAAGAGGCUAAAAAUUACAUCAAAAGUUUACAAAGAAUUCCAAAGAAAGAUUUUAAAGCCUUAUUUGCAAAUGCAAAUCAAGCAGCUGUUAACUUAAUGGAGAAAAUGCUUGUACUCGAUGCAGAGAAACGAAUAACUGCUGCAGAAGCUUUGGCUCAUUCUUACUUUGAGCAGUAUCGAGAUCCUGAAGAAGAGACUGUGGCAAUGCCAUAUGAUGAUAGUUUUGAUAAUAUGGAUUGCACUAUUGAAGAAUGGAAAUGUCAUACUUAUAAAGAAGUGAUCGACUUUAAACCAUCAACUGGAGUACCAGAAUCUAAAGAAACAGCAGUGUAACACUGGAACCAUAGGUAGAAGACAGAAGUAGUAUAUAAUUGUGGAGUGAGCAGCUGGCUCUGAAGACAUUCAAUCAUUUAGUUGCUUGUUGUUCCAAGGUUUUGAAAGAAAAUGUACACAAUUUUAAAUUUAUGUCUAUACUUAAGUCUUUUGUUUUUUUGUGUUUUUUGAAGGUCAAACUCUGCACCAGCAUUUCUUGGAAACACUUCAGUGUUGUAACAUUUUUAAUUAUGUGAUUUUAGGCUGAAAUGUCUCCGGACAAUAAUUGAGAGGGAAAAAAUAGGCAAAAGCAAUCUUGUUCUGACACUGAAUUUUUCAUGGUGCUAUAUAAAUUCAAAAGUUUCUCAUAACUGUAUUGUCUACAGUCACUUGCGUAGUCUCUUUAAUUGAUGUAUAAUGUCUUUAACCAUCAUUCUUUAAGUGCUGUUAGUAAGAUAAUGUAGAGUCAUUGUUAAUAGUGGUUGUGUUAAAAUUAUAACAAACACAUAAGUGUAUUGAAAACUGAUUAAUCUAUUCUCAAUCCCAUUAUAACUAUUCACAGACACUAAUUAGAAGUAAUUAUCAAAGACUACAUUUUUAAAAUCCUUGACCAAAACUAACCAUUAGAACUGUGCCAGUGUGUAGCACUGACCAAUCAUGUGGGAUUUCCCACUCUAAGCAAAUUAGUUCACAGUUUUUCAUUAAUCUAGGUAAUAAUAGUAAUUCAUUUAUAUUUUCCAAAUUGUAUUUCAAGCGAAUGUGAAAUUAACAGUCUAACUCCAUUGGGUAAACAAGAAAACCAAAGAGCUAUGGACACUGGAAAUCAGAAAAUGCUAGAAAAACUCAGCAGAUCUAGCGGUAUCUGUGAAGAGAAAGCAGAGUUAACAUUUUGGCUCCAGUGACCCUUCUUCAAAACUUGUUGAUGCUGACAGACCUGCUGAGUUGUCCAGCAAUUUAUGACUUUAUUUCUAACUCCAUUAGGUGCUGUUUAUUCCUCUCAAUGGCCCAAAGACCAAUUAUAUGUGCUGCACUGAAUAUUCCUCUCAGUCAACUACUGGAAAUCUGCACUGUCUAUAGGGUAUAUGUGACCUAUUGGGACAGGCCAUAUACCUGUAUCUCCUUAACUAAUCAGACUGAAGAAUUGUUAUCUCACUGCACAGAAUUUGAAUCAGGAUGUGCCAGUUACAGUAUACUUAAUCCAAUGUCAAAUCAUUUAUGGAAAGAAAAAGAGAAAUACCCAUAAGAUGUAGAAGCAGAGGUCAUUUAGCCAAGUUUUACUCUACCAAUCCAAUGAGAUCACGGCUGAUCUGAUAAUCCUCAACUCCAUUUUCCUGCCUUUUCCCCACAGACAGAUCUUUUUAAUCAGUAAGGGAAUAGGUUUUCUCAACCUUGAAUAUAUUUAAUGACCCAGCCUCAAUAGCUCUGCAGUAAAGAAUUCAAUAAAUUCACUACCCUCUGAGAGAAAAAAUUCCUCCUCAUCUCUGUUUUAAAUGUGCAACUCGUUAGCACUGCUGCCUCACAGCGCCAGAGACCCGGGUUCACUUCCUGCCUCAGACGACUGACUGUGUGGAGUUUGCACAUUCUCUCUGUGUCUGCGUGGGUUUCCUCCGGGUGCUCUGGUUUCCUCCCACAGUCCAAAAAUAAUGUGCAGGUUAGGUGAAUUGGCCAUGCUAAAUUGCCUGUAGUGUUAGGUAAAGGGAUAAACGUAGGGGAAUGGGUCUGGGUGGGUUGCGCUUUGGCGGGUCGGUGUGGACUUGUUGGGCUGAAGGGCCUGUUUCCACACUGUAAGUAAUUUAAUCUAAUCUAAUCUAAUCUAAUCUACUCUCUGGUCCUAGGUUCUCCCACAAGGGGAAACAGUAGAGGGAAGGAAUAUAAAAUUGGAUGAUGAGGGAAAGACAUUGUAAAACUUAUUUCAAUGACCAUUAUAAUUAAAAUCUGAAGCAAUGAGACAUCACAUUUAUUAAAGUAGAUUUCCAGCACUGGAGAGGUUGUUUGAUAGUAAUUAAGAUUCAAAACACCAUUAAAAUAUAUUUGUUUUUCUAUGUAUUUCAAUGUCAAGGUCCUUUAGAUACCUUUCUCUUCUGGAGGAUAGUAGCUUGGACAGCAACUUCCUUUAACACAUUUAAUUGAUGUGCAAUUGUUGGAAAUUGCUGUCUAAUUUACAUGAAUAAUAAUGAUUCAGUUCAUUGUAAUUUCUAUCACAAAAUCCAUCACAUUAUCUUUCAAACCAGUGAGAGCACAGUUCAGCAAUUUCCUCAGGGAUGCCAUCCAGUUAUUUGUGGUACUUUUCUAAGUUUCCUUUUAAAUUGUGCUAUACAUCAGCUGGUAUUGCAUGUAGACACUCAUCCACUGCAACUAGCCUUAUGAACCUCAUUAUAGUAGCAUAGAAACACUUCCUAAAGGAACAAUAUUGACUGAAUUGUAAUAAAUUAUGAACUGUAAUGCAGAGGGACCAUGAGUAGUUAAAACAUUAAAAUAUUUUUAAAAAUUUGAAGAGUACCAUUGUUUCUGCUAGCCAUUUAUAUUUGUGCACUGGGACUCACUCUAUGAGAAAGUAUUACUGGUACAUCAUCGCAAUUGCAAUGUUUUGUCAAUCUUUUUUGUGUUAAGUAUUCAUGAUACGGAAGCAAAAAUAAAGCAUCUACAGAGAGCAUCUAAUUUGGAAUUUGUCCAGAGAGAGAACAAGGCCUAAAACUUUGAUCACUGCAUCUUUAGCAAGCUGAAACCAUUCUUUAACAAGUAAUUAAUCUCUCUGGAAUUACUUCCUAAGUAACAAAGUUAAAUCAUUGGACUACUUGAAUAGGCAUAGAAAUCCAGUAGGAGACUUUAGAUUCAGAUGGGUAUCAAAGGCAUUGGGUGCAUCAUCACUUUGGAUGAAGAUAUUUCAA